AGUUUUGUUGUCAAAGUCAGCUGUUAAAUGUUUUGCUACAACUUCUAAAAAAUCUGGACGCCGAAAUUAAAGUCGUAAUUAUGUAAACAAGUGUUUAAUAAUGACUAUCAAUACUUUCGGUAAUUUUAUUUUGUCUAAAUCGAAUUAAUAUGUCGACAAGAUUAUACUUUGAUAUCGAAGAGCAUCAGUGGCCAUUAGUUUAUGAUGAUAAAUAUAAUGUAUCGUUUUGCGGAUUUGAAAGAUUCCAUAUAUUCGACGCAAAGAAAUGGCGUAACAUAGUUCAGUUUUUGAAAGAGGCCAAAUUUAUAAGUGCCGACUGUCUUGUGAAACCAAAAGAAGCCAAGGAAAAUGAUUUAAUAGUGGUUCAUACAAAGAAAUAUUUGAAAUCUUUAAAGUGGAGUGCCAAAGUUGCAAUGAUAGCCGAAGUACCUAUAGUUGCUUGUGUACCAAAUAUACUGGUGCAACAUGCUUAUUUGAAGCCUAUGAGGUUACAAACAGGUGGGUCUGUUUUAGCUGGUAAACUUGCACUGGAGCGUGGGUGGGCAAUAAACAUUGGUGGUGGUUUCCAUCACUGCAGUGGUGAUAAGGGUGGAGGUUUUUGCCCGUAUGCAGAUAUCACUCUACUAAUAAAGUAUCUUGUAAUGUAUAGAAGUGUACAGAAUGCAAUGAUUGUGGAUUUGGAUGCUCAUCAGGGUAAUGGUUAUCAACGCGACUUUCUGGGUGUCCCAGAAGUUUACAUAAUGGAUAUGUACAAUCGACAUAUUUAUCCCAAAGAUGAGGAAGCAAAGCGAGCGAUUCGGAGGAAAAUAGAGCUUGGAAACAAUGUCGAAGAUCUUGAGUAUAUGCUUAAGCUAAGAAAGAACUUAAAAGCAGCAUUAAACGAAUUUAAACCAGAUAUAUUGGUUUACAAUGCGGGGACGGACAUACUCGAUUCAGACCCACUCGGUCACAUGAGAAUCAGUGAUAUUGGCAUAAUCAAAAGGGACGAAUUCGUCUUUGAAAUAUGCAAGUCGCAUCACAUUCCAGUCGUGAUGCUGACGAGCGGAGGGUACCUUAGACGGACAGCGCGGAUCAUGGCGGACUCCAUAAUUAAUCUGAAGGCUAAGGGCCUUAUUGGUAAUGAACCUGUAUCCAAGAGUAGUGGCGAUUAAGAAGAGAUCGUUAGUAGAAAAGAGAUAUAGACUAGAUCUAUAUGGAAACUAAAUUAGUGUUUGAUUAAAGUCUUAUUCAAAGGUUUUAGUAGAACAGUGUAAUAAGGCUGUUUUUUAAUUAUGGAAAUUAAUCUUUCGAAAAUUAAAAUAUUAAAGUAGGUAUGGUUAUUAAGAUUAUUUUUUGGUAUUCUGUGAGCACAAACCUUCAUUAAAUACAUACUUUAAUUUGCCAUGGGCCUAAUUAUAAUAAACUUAAAAUAUAUUCUAAUAUUUAUACUUGCUUAUCAAUAACAUAUUAUUAUUACUUCAUAAAGUAAGAUCGUAGGAUAUAUUUCAAAAGUAUAAAACAUUUAUUAAUCUUGAAAUUAGUACAAAUCAUGAUUGAAUAGAAAAAAAGAAAUAGAUUUUUGAUAAUAAAUUUGAAGAUAAUUUCAAUGUAAAAAAGUAAAAAAAACGCGAGCAGUGUUGAGCGAUUAUUUGUUUUUAACAAAUAUUG